AAAUAUAAUCAUUAUUUUUAACAUCAAUUAAUAGAUCUAUCAAAUUGUAUUAUUAUUGUAGUAGUCUCUAAAUCCGAUGACAAUGUCUACCAAAAUUGCUAAAGUAUUUAAAGCAGUGGUAAUAUUGAUAUCGAUUUCUGAUAUCAUAAGUUGCAGUUCAUUGUGUGAAUCUUUGGCACCCAAUGGCACAUAUCGGGGCUCACGUAUGUACAGACACUGGUCGAGUGUAGAGACAGGGCACCUGGAUCAAUUGAUGUUAUAUACCAGAAUUAAUACUACAACAACACAUGAGUGGCAAUUGAUCAUUAAUGAGACCACUAUAGCGGUGAAUGAGUCGACAUUCAAAUCGCUGGACACACCGAUUGUCAAUAGAUUUGGUGCUAUAUUUAAGUUUCAAUACACAGUAGUCCGUGAAGAAGACAGUUAUUACUGUUAUACUACUUUUACAGAUUCUAAUAGUACUAAACUGAUAACCAAAUGUGAACUCUCAAAACCACAUUCAGAAUUCAUAGUCCAUGAAAAUACAUUUGACUUUAACUAUUCGUCAAACUCUAUCAUAUUUAGUCCACGAGUUGUCAAAUGGACUCAAGAUCUAGAUCUCACAUAUCAUAUGAAAUCAGAUGCGAAGAUUGCAAAGAACCAAAGUGUAAACAACCGAUAUUUUUAG